AUGCACAACGUCCUGAGCGAGGGUAACUUGGUCCAGUUCAUCGCCACGAUCAAGAUGGAGGUGCCAGGUAAUGAAUGGAUGAAGGAACUGAAGGUAUCAGAAUUCAAGGAAGCCUUCUCUGGCUGGCCGGAGCGUCUUCAAAAUGCCCUCGCCGAAGUCCUUGGAGACCAAGAGACUAUCAAGUGCAUCAGCCACAAAGAGGACCUUCCAGCUCGAGUAUACGAUGAGGUUCGCAGACCACGUACACAACGUAUCGUGGAGUCGAGUCGAGGGACUGGCCUCGUCCUGACUGGCUGCAAUCCGGAUUAUCAGAUGACUGUUGAAAGUCUGAAGGGCAGGUUGCCGCAGAGGUGGGACUUGAUCUUAGAGUGCGAUAAUGCAAAGGCGAGAGAUGAGGCCUUGCAGUUGCUGGAACGUGGAAUAUGA